GUUCUCUGGCCUACUACUGCAGCUGCGGCUGGGAUUUUCUUCAUCCACUUUCACAAUUUGGGAAAAGGGGUCAUUUGGCGCGGACGAACGGAGAGUUUUUAAUAUGAAUGACUCUGCCCAACGUGUAAAUGAGAACGGAACACUGUAGUUUAGCCAUGUGAGCGCACACUUGGGGGAUGCUGCAGAAUGUGGCACCUGCCCACAGGUGCAUGAUGCAUUCCUGGUCAGCGUUGGCCUGGUCGUGAACGUAGUCCUUUAAAAGCCACAAGGUUUACGAGACGAUGUGCAGAUCGAGCUAGUCUGGCUCAGUGUGCCAUUAGAAGAUGGAAAGCAGUUUGGCUGAGAUUGACAGCUGCACGUCUCCGCCCAGUCCUGAUUUCAGUCUGGAUUCCUCCAGUCCCUUCGCCAACGGACUGCACUUCGAGUCAAUUUUGUUUGAAGAUGAGGAAGAAGAGGACGCUAUGGACACCGAGUCGGAGUCUCUGGUGGGAAGGGCCUCGAGGGGAUCUAGAAAGGACCAUACAACAAACGCAAGUUCAAAGACAAGAUUGGAUGUCAAGCUUUGUCCAACUAGAAGCAAAAAAUCAAAGGUUGCUGCAACCCGGGACCAAGAAGCCAACUUUGAAGACGUGUCUAAAAGUGAUGGUGGGCUUUCCUCUCUUGUGAGUAGCCCUGCUGGGAUUAUAAUGACAAAAAAGCAGAAAACCAAAGCUCUGCCACCAGUUAAAUAUUUGGAGGGUGAAGUUAUAUGGGCAAAAUUUAACCGUAGACCGUGGUGGCCAUGUCAGGUGACUGUUGACCCAACAGAGGGAGUUUACCACAGAAUUAAAGAGCCACCAGUUAGGCCCAGUCGUCAGUAUUUCCUCAAGACAUUUGGGGAACCUGAAGAACGAGCAUGGGUUGCAGAGCGAUCUACUCAUAUAUUUCUGGGUGGAUAUCAGUUUAACAAUCUUCCUUUUGUCAAAGGAACUGGACGACAGAAAGACGACAACCGCAGAUACUCUAUACCCAAACGUUUUCUCAACUCUUGGAGUGCUAGCGUGGCUGAGGCUGAAGCGGUUCUUCUAGAGAAGCCAAGGGUGACAACUCCCCGGUCAGAGCUCACCAAAAACAUCUCUCAUUUAACCACAAUGGGAAAAGAAAAAAGGGUGUCUUCGGUGGGAUUCAUCAACGUUAGCCCUGUCACCAACGGGGCAGUUCUCCAAAAGACCAAAAUAACCAAAAAGCUAAAAAAGACUUUAUCAACACCCGUCGUCAAAGAGUUGGAAUGGAAUUAUGAGAAGGACAAGGUUGUGGAGCCUUCUGACAGUCCCUACUCUGACAUUGAUUCGGUUCCUCAGAUCCGCAGGUGUCCCAAAAGCAGUGAACGAAUAUCAAAGCAAAGUGUUGCCAAUACACAGGCAAACUCAAAUUCAAGUCAACAUUCUGUAACAAAUGAUCUUGAAGUAAAGAAGAACGUUGAGAACCAAGGCGGCCUUUGGUUCAGCAAAGCAGGGAAGAGUCAAGUCAAUGGGGCACAUGGUCGUGCAGGAAUUAAAUCCGUUAACUGCUCUUUUGGAAAGGUGUCUUGUAAAAUUAAGAUGCCAGAUUCAGCAAGCGUGAAAUCCAAGGACAUCACAGGACUAGAGCAUUUGUCUGUUGAAGCCAAGAAGGCCCUCGAUAGGAGAGUGAAGUGCCUUCCUGCAAGCAGUCGUCUGAUGACUAGAGCGCUGAAGGCGAUGGAGGAGGCGGAGCACAAUAAGACACAGAUCUCCAACCAAAAUCAAGGGUCGACCUCAAAUGUUGAGGCACAGAAUUCUUCUGAUUUUACAGAAACUGAAAAAAUAGGUGCCAAGGAGAAGACAGCAACUACACCAAGCCACGAUCUCAAAAAGGAUUCAAAAAUUGACGCGCAUGCUCCGUCAUCUUCCGAUCUAAGUCUGAAGGAUGAUAAACAUUUAGUAAAAUCUGAAGAUGAAUCCUCUUGGAUAUCUCCAUCAGUUUCAAUGAAAUUUAAACAAGAGAACCGUGUUUCUGGUCUAUCUUCAAGUUCCUCCGCAUCGUCUUUGUGCUUAAAAAUGGAAGAUCUUGAAAACAUGAAGGAAAUAACCUUUAAGUCACUUGAUAAAGAUCAUAGUGGAAAGUGUUUUAGGCCUGAUGUAAACUAUAAGUUUAGUACAUUCUUAAUGGUGCUCAAGGAUAUGCACGAUAGCAGAGAACAAGAAGGAAAACCAUUGAUAAUGGAACCCUUACCCAAAGACCAUCUUAUUAAAGAGGAACCAUCGUUGAUUCCCACGAAUGACAUAAAGGACGAGUCGGACACAACCAACACUGUGUUUUCACAAUGUAAACAAACCAAAAACUUCACAGCCAAACAGAAGAAGAGCGGGAGGAAAUCUAGACAAAAUAAGGCAAUGGAGAUCCUACAAGGUGGUACCUCUUACAGCGGUGCUAUCUCUGAAAAUCAUCUCACUUCCACAGUUUCUAAAAGUGCUCAGAGCAAAAGCAAAAAAGUUCAAUUUCUGGAAAAUAGAAAGACAAAAACCAGAGCACCCACUGUGGACACAGUGAUGAUUCAAAAUCCAUUUGGUAAAGUAAUAUCUGAACACCGGCUUUCAUCAUCAGAACCAGACACCAAGUUUUCUGCAAAUGUGCCCAAAAAACGCUGGCAGAAGUUCGACCAAUUCAGUGACAGAGAAUUACAUCUAGAUGAAGGGAAUCGUACGCAAGAGGCAGGACCAUUACCAGAGUUGUCCUCAGAAAAUUGUGACAUCUUGAUAGAUGGCACAAACAAGUCAAGUUCGGUAGACCCUGGGAAGGAGAGUAACACAAAUGCAUCAGAGACUUCUCAAAGCAACAGUCAAAUAAACAACAUCCCCACAGAACGCAAACGUAUUCGAAAACCUAGCAAAAGACUCAUCGAAUGGACAGAGGAGUAUGAUCAGUUCUUUUCCACUAAGAAGAGAUCAAAAAAGAAACCUCAGUCGUCUACUAAGGUUGAAAAACACAACUGUAGUGAUCCAUUAGAGAAAGCACCAGGAACCACACAGACACCUCAAACAAGAGAACAAGGUGUGUCGCAAUCCGUGCCAGAAGUAGAGACUCCUCCUCCUGAAGAGAUGUCCAAAACCACAUCCGCAAUCGAAGACGCUCCACAUGAUCAACAUGAUGAGGCUCAGGUUUUGUCUAUAGAUACAAUGACUCCUCCUCCUGAAACAGCACCAUCUCCAUGUGCUGAAACUCAUAAGGAACAGCUUCAUUGUCAAAAUGAUUUGGCCAUUGGUGGUGGUGUGUGUCUUAGCACAAAGAGACAAAGGAAGCCCACCCAAAAAAUUCUGGAAAGUUCACUUGAGGCUGAACCAAUUCUCAUGCUUAAACGAAAGGUGAAGUCACAGAAAACAUCUGGACAUGCGGCUAACUCAGGCGUGGGACAACAAUCAUCAAAAAGUAAGAACAAGCCGUUCGAGUCCAUCGACACACCGGCUGCCUCUAUCCUUGAAAGUCCUGAGAUGGAGACAGUCAUUUCCCCGGCUGUGCCUCAGGCAGCUGACCCAGAAUCAGUUGAAAAUAACUCAGAUGCUGUGAAUUCACAGAUGUUUGUUCCCAAUGAUGGCUUGCCUUCUGAAACGAAAGGUCAAUCGCAAUCUGAUGAUCUCUCAGCCACCAAGAGGCUCUCUGGUGAAAAAGAUGACGGCACCCUCUUCAAGGGACACGUGUGUCAGGUGUGUGAGAAAAAGGGAGAUUUGCUUUUGUGCGAGGGUCAAUGCUGCGGGGCAUUUCACCUACAAUGCACUGGGCUGAGCGAGACUCCAGGAGAGACAAUUUUGUGUCAGGAGUGCACAACUGGCAUACACUCCUGCUUUUCCUGUAAGAGCUUAAGUGAGGAUGUGAGGCGUUGCAUGCUUCCUGAAUGUGGGAAGUUUUAUCACGGGGAGUGUGUGGCCAACCACGGCCCCACGGUGGCUCUGAACCGGGCCUUCCGCUGCCCUCUUCACGCGUGUCUGUCGUGUUUUAUUACCAACCCUACCAACCCAUCCACAUCUAAAGGUCAGCUCACUUGCUGCAUCAGGUGUCCUGUGGCGUAUCAUGCAGAUGAUCAAUGCAUACCUGCUGGAAGUGUCACGCUGACCGACAUCAGUAUUGUGUGUCCCAAUCACUUCACACCGCGCAAGGGCUGCCGCAACCAUGAGCACGUCAACGUCAGCUGGUGCUUCGUCUGCUCUGAAGGUGGAAGUCUACUGUGCUGUGAAUCGUGUCCUGCCGCGUUCCACAAAGAAUGCUUGAAAAUCGACAUGCCAGAAGGCAGCUGGUACUGCAACGACUGUCGAGCCGGAAGGAAACCGCACUACAAGGAGGUCGUAUGGGUGAAAGUGGGCCGUUACAGGUGGUGGCCGGCAGAGGUCAGCCAUCCAGAAAGCAUUCCUGAGAAUAUCCAGCGCAUGAGACAUGAUGUCGGAGAGUUCCCGGUCCUUUUCUUUGGCUCGAAUGAUUACCUAUGGACCUACCAAGCUCGUGUUUUCCCUUAUAUGGAGGGCGAUGCCAACAAUAAAGAGAAAAUGGGAAAGGGUGUUGAUUCUACAUAUAAGAAAGCUUUGGAUGAAGCUGCAAACAGGUUUAAAGAACUGCAGGCUGAGAAAGAACUACGACAGCUGCAGGAAGACAGACGAAAUGACAAGAAACCUCCACCAUACAGACAUAUUAAGGUGAACAAACCAAUCGGCAAGGUGCAGAUCAUCUCGGCAGACCUUUCGGAAAUCCCACGAUGCAACUGUAAAGCGACGGAUGAGAACCCUUGCGGUAUAGAUUCAGAGUGCAUCAACCGCAUGCUACUGUACGAGUGCCACCCGCUGGUGUGUCCCGCAGGCGAGCACUGCCUGAACCAAUGCUUCUCCAAACGGCAGUGCUGUCAGGUGGAGAUCUUCAGGACGCUGUCUCGAGGCUGGGGGCUGCGCUGCAUGCACGAUAUUAAAAAGGGGGACUUUGUCAACGAGUAUGUCGGAGAAGUGAUAGAUGAGGAGGAAUGCCGUGCCCGGAUUAAGCACGCUCAAGAGAACAAUAUUGGCAACUUUUAUAUGCUCACACUGGACAAGGAUCGAAUAAUUGAUGCCGGGCCAAAGGGAAAUGAAGCCCGUUUCAUGAACCACAGUUGCCAACCCAACUGCGAGACCCAAAAAUGGACAGUCAAUGGAGACACCCGUGUUGGGCUCUUUGCUCGUACAGAUAUCCCCGCUGGCACAGAGUUAACGUUUAACUAUAACCUUGAGUGUCUGGGCAACGGGAAGACGGUGUGUAAAUGCGGUGCAUCUAACUGCAGUGGAUUCCUUGGAGUGAGACCAAAAAACAAUCCCCCGUCAGACGAUAAGGGCCGCAAACUAAAGAAGAAAUCCCAAAUGAAACGCAAAUCCCAGGAAGUGAUCAAGGAGCGAGAGGACGAGUGUUUCAGCUGUGGAGAUGGGGGACAGAUUGUGUCCUGCAAGAGGCCAGGCUGUCCAAAAGUUUACCACGCAGACUGCCUUAAUCUCACCAAGAGACCUGCUGGCCGUUGGGAGUGUCCAUGGCAUCAAUGUGACUUGUGCGGUCAGGAGGCGGCCUCCUUCUGCGAGAUGUGUCCCAGCUCAUACUGCGUGGAACAUCGGGACGGCAUGUUAUUCAUAUCCAAGCUGGACGGCCGCUUGUCAUGCAGCGAACACGACCCCUGCGGCCCCCAGCCUCUCGAGCCCGGUGAGAUCCGAGAAUUCACAGCUGAAACCGUUACCACGUACUCCAUAAACACCAACAACAAAUCCACUCUCCCGGACACGGCUCCUGAUGUAGCCCCUCAGGUCCUCUGUGACCCCUCCAGCAGUCCGGUGAACAUCUCUUUGAACUGUGCAUAUUCACCCAUUUCUUCUUAUGGAGAAGAUAAAGAAGAUCUGGUGGAGGUAGAAGGAGAUAGUGAGGGAGAGAAGAACAUCAGUCGAGAUAUCGUGGAGAAAUUAGAAAUGAAAGAGAAAACUGAAGUUUGAGAUUUUUAAUAUUUAUUGAAACUUUAAAUGAAGAGUGCACUUAGGAGUUGAUCUCUGAAGAAAAUGAAGUUGGAUUUAACAAUUGCACUUUGGAAGAAAUGAUGAAAAUUAUUGCAUGGAUUCGAGCACUAUAUGAGUAAACAGGAGCCACUUCAUAGACAGUUACAUCAUCGCUAGGCAUCAUGGGAUUGUGCACACUUCAAAAAUAAUUUCAAGAAUUGUGCAACACUAAUGAAAUUAUCUUAAAGCAAAAGUGAAGAGAAUGAAAAUACAGUAUUGAAGUUCUUGAGGGAAAGAAGUAUAUUGUUUCUGUAACAUUUUAUUUUACAUAGAAAGUCAUUUUUGUCUUUUUUUAAAGAUGAUGUCAAAUAGAAAGAAGUAUCUUUUAUCAAAACAUGCUUUUUUGUACAUUUGCAUUGUGAGUAAAUGGGGACUUUUGGAAUGAUUAGGCUAAAUUUUGCUUUGAAGAGUUAGAGUAGUACAUUUGGUUAAAAGAGAAUAGUUGAUAAAGAUUAAAAUAUUAUCUCAGUCCAAUUACUACAUAUAAUAGUGCCAUUUGUUAAAUGACGGAAAGACUAUUUGUUGAAGCACUUAUGUAGAAUAAUUUCCUUGUUCUGCUUAACACGAAGGAAGAUAUUCGGAAGAAUGUCACUAACCAAACAGAUUUAAUCUCCCAAUCACUCCUAUAGUAGGAAAUACAUACUAUGGGAGUCAAUGGGAAUCUGUUUGGUUACGGACAUUCUUCCAAAUGUCUUCCUUCGUGUUUAGCAGACCAAAUAGAUGUAUACAGGUUUGGAACAAACAGAGGAUGAGUAAAUGAUGACAGAAUUUAAAUUUUUGGGAGAACUAUCCCUUUAAGUGUACUUCUAAUAUAUUUUAAAGAAUAUCUAAUGUUUCUUUAAAUUCAUCUUUAGCCAAAUUGGCUUAAGCUGGAAUUGCCAUGAUCAAUAUUCAUCUGUUUUGAUUUUGUCUAUCCGACAAGGAAAACUGUAUAAUACUAACGUUUUUUUCUGGCUGCACUCAAUUCUGCUGUGAAUUUAAAGGUUAAGUAUCAAAUUUAGCACCAAACAGUCCCCAAACACACCCUGCCCACACCAUCCCAUCAUUGUUUGAACAAAGUUUUUGUCCUGCCCCAAAAUCACACUGUUGGAUAAGCCAAAAUGUAACACGUAGGCUGCUCAAACAAACAAGGAGAAGAGUUACGAACACUACUGAGUCAGCACUUCAACUUGCUGCAAAAUUAGUUAUUUUUGCACUAAACACUUUAUGUUUUAAUCAAUUAAGUUCACAUAUCUUUCGAUUUUGUUAAUCGAUUGGUCAGAAACAUCCCUAACUCACUUGACUGUUCUAUACUAUUGUAUAUAUUUUUUAUACCUUAGAUAUAUAGUAGAAAGUGACAUUGUAUGAGGCAGGAGGUCAAAUCUGACGUGAUGUUCAAAAAUGUGAACUGACACUGGUCACAUUAUUAUUGACAACAAAGCAAAGUCUUUUAUAGCGAUUUGUGAAGCUAAUUUAUAUGACGGAUGAUUUAGGAUUGUUAUGAAACAGGUCUGCUGGUGUUUCCUGAACUCUUCUAUUGAACUGACCGAGUCUUCUGAAUAGUGAGCAGAACUGCAAUCCUUUUGCUCUACUCGUGUAUAUUAUUGCACUAAAUAUAUGGUUUAACGCUGCUCUGAGUCACACCACGUUCCACUUCAGUUUAUUUCAGACAGAAUGUCAUGCAAAAGGGGAAAAAUAUCUGCUGCCUUGUUAUUAAAGACUGUCAUUGUGCUGUAGUGCUUUGUACAGAAUAAACAGCAUAACAAAAUGUGUUUGCUACAUUUAUUGCUCUCAGUACCUGCAUGUACUUCACUUUUUCU